AUGAUCCACGUCGACCAAAUCUUCGGAUACUCCAUCGUUGUGUUGGCGGCAGCCCCACUGGCCACCCAGUUGGCUAUUGCAGAUAUACGAUGGGUAUUCUUCUUCCCCUUAUACGCUAUCCCUGCCAUUAGUCUAAUGAUGAUAGUUGGCCAUCUCUCCAAAUCGGCUCCAGUUCAAACCUUCCGAAAAUUGGCACCAAUUUCUGCAGGUAUCGGAUGGGCACUAACCUGGCAUGUAGCCGAACGUCUGUACUCUGAAAGUCUCCGUGGUUCACAGAAUCUGCUUUACAUGCUCUUCUCGAUUCGACCCACACUGACCUGGGCGGUCUCAUGUGGGCACUCUUAUAAUUCUGAGUACUGCCACGAUCUGAAUGAUAAAAUGAAUAUUUCUGUUACCCAAGAUGGUAACCACCAUUAUCCAGACAACUUUUGGCCAGCUCAGGAGUUCAAUAAAUUCCUCAUCAGACACAACCCGAUCCCAACGAGCAUGCCCCCGAAAUGGCGUGCAAACACUUGGUAUCUCGGUCACCCCGAAGAGGAAUUCGAUUGGGCGAUCCCCUCAGUCCCACUGGUUGCCUCACAUGCAGCCACGUGGCUCUUGAUCGUCUAUAUCUUAUCCAAGCACUACGAUCGUCUUGGAGACAUUCUGUUCAAAGUGUUCAUUACGGUACCGGCUGUGUUGUACAUGACAGUUCUCAUCGGGUUAACUGGAUUAGGAUUUCACUUUAGAGCUGGUACUAUUCUGGCAGAAUACACAGGUGAUCUCAUGAUCAAUAAAGAUGCCACUGACUUCUGGGCGGAUAUUACGGUAUUUGAAGAGAGCAAGAGGGUUUUAUAUCUCAAUCUGAGCUUCCAGGGAACCUUCCGAACCUCGAUCCUUAUUGUUGACUACGCAUCUGCCUUCACUGGGUUCGUACUCCUGGCAACUAGUCGAUUGAGAAGUGGGGUCAACGGACUUAGUGCUCUUAUUUUGGUUCCUCUGUUAAUGCUUGUCCCUACCAUGCAAACAAUUCUUCGUCUCGGAUGUGAAGGACAUCUAGCUGAUGUUCAACCGUUUUACAAAAUUUAUGCUUCUACAGACGAAACUAUAUCUUUCGACCUACUUCCUGUCUGCUUUGCCAGCUCACAUUUCGGAUCGGUGUUUUCCGCUUUGUACUUUGCGGCCCAGUACCUGUACACUUCGCUGGGUCCAAUGGUGCGUCUUGUCUAUGUGACAUUCAUCUACCAAGCCUUCAUUGAUGACUUCCCAAUGGUUCAGAACUCUCCGAAGAAAUGCGUUGGGAUGAUCGCAUUAGCUUUCUUCAUUCCAUCAAUAUUCUUGUACAUGCCGCUGGGCACUCGAAUCGCCGCCUUCUUCCGUUACACCUCUCAAACUUGUUUCGUGGAAGUCGCGAUCUUCGUCCUUAUCUUCUUCUUUUAUGGAUGGCAACGCCUUGAGCAAGAUGUUCUAAUGACUUCUCAGAGUCCAGCGCGCCCAUCGCUCGUUGAAUACUUCACUCGUCCAACAAGCCCAAUCUUCACAUUUUUACAGUUCACUAUUGUUCCAAUGCUCCUUUUCGCCAAGUUCGUGGCUGUAUUCGAUUACAUCCGAAUGGGAGGCGAUGUGAAUGUUCAUGUGGAUUCUGGUGUCGGGUUCCUUCCUCUCCCAUUCUAUGUUAGACGGUUUAUUGGGUAUAUGAUCACAUUUGCACCUGUUAUGAUUAUGGGAUUGGGUGCCGCACUCCAAUUAUUUCAAUUAGUGCACAAGCAUGGAUUACCAUGGUCCGAUACUAUCAAGCCAUCACCAGAAUGGAUGGCUCAUGCAUCGGUGAAUCCCAACAAACCACGAGUCCACUCGCUAGCUUAUGGAAUAUACAGAAAGUUUGUAUUCAAACACAUCUCGUAUAAGACGGCUAUGUUCACUUUGUUCAUCGUGGAAACCUUCAAUGGAAUCGUUCUAGUCGUCCUGUUCUUUUUGAACACUGCAGCUACGAUAGACUUUAACAGAACAAACAGACGGACGGCAAAUGAGUAUCGGAGUUUGAUGUUGCUGAUUUUCUCCAGUCUUCACACCUAUGCUCUCUAUCAAAUGAGACAAGGAAUGCAAUAUGCACAGAUUAAUGGGGAGAAACUAUCCCUCUACAUUGGAGUGGCCACUAUGGAGAUGGCUAUGCUCAAUGCUUACAUGUGGCUGUAUGGAGAGAACCACCGUUGGGGAACCGAUUGGCCACCAAUCAUAGUGGCAUUGGGCAUCACUUGCCUCCGUGGAUUCUUCAUAAUGCUCACCAUUGCCAUUCGCGCUCACUCCAUCGAACACAGCCGUCCGUCAAACACCCGUGAAGCUUCUGAAGUUGAUCCAGAAGACUUGGCGAGGGGAAGUGCGGAUGAGGGGGCCGAGAACGAUGGUGACGAGGAAGAGGACGAUUCGCCGGUUAUUUUUGAUCUUGCUGUUUGA